CAUUUUAAGUUAAAUGUCCGUUUUUUAAAUUUCAUCCAAAAUAAUGCACAUUUUACACCAUUACUUUAAAAAAAUGAAAUUGAAACGUCAAUAUCAGGUAGAAGGUACUGGAAACUAGAAAAUUGGAUAUAUCACUCUCCUACACAUGACCAAAAAUCAUUGAGCCCCAAAUUUCAACAUAAUUCCCUACUGCAAUGUCUUCCUACAGUAAGUAUGAAACCCGAACCCGAAAGCCGGACCCCAAAUCCGCCGUCCUUAUAGUAGUCGACAUGCAAAACUACUUCUCCUCCAUGUCCAACCCAAUUCUCCCUGCAAUCAACAUCACAAUCGAUCUCUGCCGUCGGAAUUCCAUGCCUAUCAUCUUCACGCGCCACCGUCACAAGUCACCGGAUGACUACGGCAUGAUUUAUGAGUGGUGGAACGGAGAUAUUAUUCGAGAUGGCACUGUUGAAGCUGAACUUAUACCCGAGUUGCUCCGGAGGGAAAGUGACUCAGUCGUUGAGAAAUACACUUACAGUGCCUUCAAAGAUACAAACCUAGAGGAGAAACUGUUAGAGAUGGGAAUAAAAGAGGUAAUAGUGACUGGUGUAAUGACCAACCUGUGCUGUGAAACCACAGCCAGAGAGGCAUUUGUAAGAGGGUUCAGAGUCUUCUUUUCAACAGAUGCUACUGCAACUUCCUCAGCAGAAUUACAUGAUGCUACACUCAAGAACUUAGCUUAUGGUUUCACUUAUUUGGUUGACUGCAAAAGGCUUCAAGCUGCCUUCUCAAUUUCCUGAGCAGAACUCGAGUAAGGUAAUAUUUCCGCGGUAUGAUGAUUGCGCUUGGACCUUCUUUCUUACCAGUGAUAUUAGCACUAUUCUCGUAAUUUCUUGUUUUUCAGAUAUCACUGCUUUGAUUAUGACAUUCUUACUAGUGGUAUUAGCACUAUUCUCGUAGUUUCUUGUUUUUCAGAUAUCACUUGUGUUUUUGUGCUUUGAUUGUGACACUCUUUUUUCCUUUGUAAGUACUUUAGCGAGUAAAUAUUUUAGAAUAAAUAGAUGUGAGAAUAAAUAUAUGACAAGCUUUGUUGCUUCAUUAAGAGAGAUGAAGAUGAAGUUUAGAUUGUACAACUCUGUUGUGUAAAUGUAAAACAAUAAAAGUAUAUUUGUAUUCAGUGUGUAAGGCGAAUGGAUAGUGGAUUAAUUAA